CAGCUGAGAGAGGCUUAACAUUUCAAACGUCUGGCGGUAGGCUGCAAAGUUUCCACCUUGAAAACAUUAUCUGUCAUAUAUCAGCAGGCUGGAGCAGGACACCAUUCAUCACGGCUUGGUGUUCAAUAGGAAGUUUGCUGUAAAGUUGUGGCACACAGCCUUUCUAAGCCCGGAAUCCCACUGUUAAUGCGUCGUUUUAUUUUAUGCCUGAUGGAAGCCGAUUUAUUUUAUUUGGGACAACCUGUUUCAAACUUUGUGUGUUAAGUUUCUGAGCAGAAAUUGUUAUUUGUCUGCCUUUCAAUGCGUGCGUAAAACAACAUAACUGCUGUGAUAUAUCAUCGCUCUCGACUCUUAAACAGGCUGAGAGCAUUUUGGCAGACAAUUUAUUUCUAGGGUAAUUCUACUUUACAGAGUAAUCGCCGCAGUCAGGUUUUCUCAGUUGUAUCUUGAGUUAAAAUCCCUUUACAUCUUCUGCGUAAAAGUCUGCUCAGCGUUAGCAGCAACAUCGCGGAUUAAAAGUGGGAUUCCGGUGUUAUUAGUCAUAGAUGUCCUCUCAGCUGGAAGGAGGCCUGCAGCUGGAGACCACAGCAAAACUUGAUGAUGUACUAAAAUCCGAAGAAGUUGUUGACGUGACAAGUCCUGACGGAUGCACUGGGCAGUACGGCCGCCGCGGGGACGGAGGGGAGUACAAAGUGGCCCCGUCUCCAGAGCGCCACCAGCACAAACCACGCAAAAUGACCCGCAGCCCCAAAUGCGCCCGCUGUCGGAACCACGGUGUCGUUUCGUGUUUGAAAGGCCACAAACGCUUCUGCCGCUGGAGGGACUGUCGCUGUGCCUGCUGCCUGCUGGUGGUGGAGCGGCAGCGCGUCAUGGCAGCGCAGGUCGCUCUGAGGAGGCAGCAAGCUGCGGAGGUGAGGAGAGCACCAGUUCAGGGUAAGAGGGGGGUCAGGUGUGCAGGUCCGUUUCGGAGGACAGCAUAUCAGCGUUACACGAGAGCAGCAGAACCAAGCAUACUGGCUAAGAGCAUCCUGCAGGGACUCAAACCGGUGGCGUUGCCAGGGAACGACACCUCCUGCUGGUCAAAGCAAACACAGUGUGACCAAACACACUUCACAGGUCCCCCCAUCAGCGCCCGGAUGAGGAAGAGGCGAGCCUUUGCAGACAAAGAGCUGGAGAAUGUGAUGCUGGAACGGGAGAUGAGACAGAGAGAGCUGCAGAACGACCUUUCCUUCUCAUCCUCUUCUGCCCUCGUCCCCAUGCUUCACCCUCCGCCCCUGCCUGUCUCCCCUAACCUCCACUGCUGUUUUCUCAACAAGGACCCCAUCGCUGCAGGGACACCCAAUUUUGUGCCUUUGUAUAAAUAUAAGCCGCUUUAUGAGUGUGACUUCCAGUUUUAUCAGUUCUUCCACCUGAAAAGUAAGUCUUCCACUGAAGACUAUAAUGACUUCCUAUGCCAAAGCUCAGAGCAAACCAGGGAGUACGAAGAGGUGCAGAACAGCUGGAAAGACCGUGAGAAGAAAGACAGACCUGAGCUGAUGUCUCUUACAUCAGAACAAAGACUCAAACAUCAUGGAAGCCCCUUGUCAGGUCCAGACCUUGUCAAAUCCCUCCCAAAACCAACAGAAAUAAUGGACUCAAAUGGCUCUUCAAGCAUCACAUGCUCUAUUUUUGGAGCAGAUCAGGGUAUCCUGGGUGGGCAAGACGUCAGUGCACACAGCAGGACUUUUGAUCCCAGACCUCUGACGUCUAAGGGAUGGUGCUCAGACACUCCAGCAGACCAGGCCUCUCCUCAAGCCGACUCUGUCAAGAUCCCUCAAAGCAGCACAGUCAGGACUCCCACUGUGAGGCCAUUACCUUUCUCUGUGGAGGCUCUGCUGAGGGCCUGACAGACACACUGAAAGUGCACUUUGUUUAUCUGCGGACUAAGAAUUGAUGUUAAUUGAAUAAAUAUACAGUCCUGUUACAGAUUUUGAAACACUUCUUGGCAAGGGCUCGUUGAUAUAAAGUCAAAUAUUUAUGAACAAUUUCCAGAAUAUGUAUUUUCUCCCCUUAUUUUUCAUAUAAAUGUAUUAAGCUUUAUUUUAACUACAAUUAAAAGUAUAAUAAUGAAACAUAUGUAUGUACUUGAUUACUUUACUUUCAUUAUUUUGACUACAUUGUUAAUAUUUUUAUACAAAUAUUCAUUUUAAAAAUGUAAUCCUUUUUUACACUACUCUGUCAGCAGUGUGACCGAAUCACUCUGCUUUGACCCCCCUCACAUCAAUCAUAUUAUAUUCUCUUU